AUGUCAUGUUUCAGCAAUGGACUCCUGCUCCGGAUCGCCCCCUACAAGAAGGUAUCAGACCUCCAGGAACUCACAGACUCUGUGCAGGAGAACCUAGAUAAAGGACACUGCAGACGAAAACAGAACUAUGACAAAAACGGAAACAGACUGACCACGCAACUGGUGGAAGUUGACCGUACUCACGGUCAUCUUGUACGAAAGGAUCAUGAGGCUCCAAUCUACGUCAUCAACCUUCUUAUUUCUGACCUCAUUCAGCUCUGCUGCAUGCUCAUUGUGGAGACAAAACUGGAUCAGACCAUUGUAUAUGAUAUCUACUCUUGUGGUCUAUGGAUCAGUGUUGACUUCAUGGUGUGUGUCUCACUGGAAAGGUAUUUGAUCAUCGCCCACCCACUGUGGUACCGCUUCAAACGGACCAUCAAGAACUCUGUGGUGGUCAGUGUUGUGGUCUGGCUCAUACCUCCUGUCUUUUACCUAACUGUGUUUCCCUGGUUUACUUUUGAUGUGGCAGGAAGCAUCUUCGCCAUUUUCCUAAUCCUUCCCUUCCUACUGUUCAUAUUCUUCCUGGUUGGGACCCUCAGAGCCCUCUCUGCUUCCGUCUCCGUCCCCUCUGAAGAAAAACAACGAGUUGUUGGAAUUUUGGUCCUGGUGCUGCUCAUUUACACACUGCUGUUCCUGCCCGGCACGAUCUGGCUCAUUGUAAGGAUAAACAAGCCUUACAUUACUCUGACUGAUCUAUCUAACAUUUUUGUUAAGCUGAGUCCUCUUGCAGACUUAAUUCUGUAUGUUUUCUAUAGAAAAGCGUCAAUUGGUAAGCUUUUUACCACUGUGAACUGUUGCAGAGUUGCCGACACUGACACCAACAUAUCAACAGUAUGAAUGUUGACAACAUUUUGACAGUAAGCUCGAUGGAGGAAGAGAGAAUGAGGAGAAAACAGAACAAAAUGUACGCUCACUU